GAGAACGGCCUUGUUGAAAGGGGGGGUAGAGGGAGACGUCCGCGCAUAAGACGCAAACACACAACCCAUCGGGAGAGACAGGCCUUUUCACCCAGCUACAAUGAGCAACGACGUGGAAAUCCAGGAAGGAGAGGCGGAAAACAACACCAGCGACUCGCAGAAACCGGAGAAGAUGUUCACUCUGAAGAAGUGGAACGCUGUGGCUAUGUGGAGCUGGGAUGUGGAGUGUGAUACUUGUGCGAUCUGCAGAGUGCAGGUUAUGGAUGCGUGCCUGAGAUGCCAGGGUGAGAACAAGCAGGACGACUGUGUAGUUAUCUGGGGAGAGUGUAAUCACUCUUUCCACAACUGCUGCAUGAGUUUGUGGGUAAAGCAGAACAACCGCUGUCCUUUAUGUCAGCAAGAAUGGUCCGUGCAAAGAGUUGGAAAAUAGUUGUUUAUAUUGUUGAUAUUUAGCUUUUUUCCCUAUGGCCCUGUGUAUUUGUGUUUGUGUUGGAGAGUAAGUUAUUUGGAAUGAAUUUUGAGGAAUCAGUCUUUGAAAAGGUGUUUUGUGUCUAAUAUGGAAUGUCACUAGUUUAUGAGGAUUAAAAUGUGUUUAUAUUAAGAAUAGCUUUUCAUCCAAUCUGAUUUUGCUUAUUAAGGGUGGGUGAGAUAAGUGGUGGUUCCUAGCUGUUAGGGACUGUUUAUAUUUUCUUUGUGACAAAACCUUUGCAUUGUCUACAGUAUUGCCAAUACUGUAGACAAUAGAGAUUAGUCUUGAUACUCAAGUUUGUAUUUAAUGAACAAUAAUGAAAUAUGAAUAUUUUGUUUUUCAUUUGUAAUAUUCAGGGAAUUGAUUUUUAUACAUACAUCAGGAUGAGAAUGAUUACAGAGUUGGCAGUUAUCUCAUAUUUUAUAUUAACCAACUUAAUCUUGAAAUCACCAAGCAGAUGUUAUAAUGUAACUCUUCCAUGCAAUAAUAAAGUGUAAAUUUAU